AUGUCAAUUAAAGAUUUGUUAGACCUUGAGGAGAAAAAAACAGAGAUAUACCAACAAUUUAAUGAUGAUAACUUUGUGCAAGCUGCUACAGAAAUAGACCACGUAGAGAAUGAAGUCAUUAUACAACCAUUAACUGGACAAGAACAGUUGAAAAUUCUGUGCAAUGCUCUGCAAAUCGUUGAUAAAAAAAUUGAUGAUGGUAGAAUUACAAUGAAGGCUUUGC